AUGACAGCCAUUUUCAAUUCAUUCUCUGGCUUCUUUCUUUUGGCAUUCUUUUGUUUCAUUCCGCUUAUAGUACUUAAUUGUCCCAUUGCAGCCCAGACUAGUGGCAGUGGUGGUGGUGGUAGUGGUUUCACCGCUGAACUCGUCCACCGUGACUCCCCACUCUCUCCACUCUACAACCCAUCCACCAACAAGUUGAACCGCCUCAGCAACUCUUUUCAUCGCUCAUUUUCUCGUGCCAGUCACUUCAAACAGACCUUAAAAUCUUCAAUUGAUGGUAUCCAAUCCAAAAUUGUUGCCGCCAGUGGAGAGUACAUCAUGAAGUUAUCCAUUGGAACUCCGCCUGUUCCAUUGUUUGGGAUCGCCGAUACAGGUAGCGAUCUUACGUGGACACAAUGCAAGCCUUGCACUCGAUGUUUCAAGCAAAACUCACCGUACUUUGAUCCCAAGCAUUCAUCAACAUACAAAGAGUUAUCGUGUCAAUCACAAUUUUGUGAAAUCCUGGGGGCUGAUGAUCCCUCCACUUGUACCAACAAUGAGAGGAUCUGUGAGUAUAGCAUGUCUUACGGAGACAAUUCUUUCAGUGUCGGUCACCUUGCUGCUGAAACAUUCACCUUCAGAUCAUCGACUCCCGGACAAGCAAUUCUGAUCCCCGAUAUGGUUUUUGGGUGUGGACACGAUGAUGAGUGA